AUGGCACAGCACGGCGCAUCUGCUGCAGUGCAGCAAGGAAUACUAGAGGUGCUGGGGUAUGUCUGCGAGGAGUUUCCUCCUGAGCACUUGGAGCAGGAUCAGGCCAUCCCUUUACUUGUUCCAAUGCUGCUCGAAACUCUGUUGAAUGAAGAGGGUUAUCAUGAGCAUGCUGACAAUGUGUGGAACAUUUCCAUGAUUGGUGCAAAGUGCCUUGGCCUCAUCGCUAGAACUGUUGGUGAUGCAAUUGUCCCUCUUGUGAUGCCAUUUGUUAAGGUUAACAUCACAAACCUGGAUUGGCAUUGUCGCGAGGCAGCUACUUUUACAUUUAGCUCUAUCCUUGAAGGUCCCUCUGUUGAGAAGCUUACCCCCCUGGUGCACGCUAGACUUGAUUUCUUGGUCAACUCAAUGAAAGAUCUAAACAACCAGGUCAUCAUCCAGAAACUGAGCAACUCUGAUGUGAUGUCCGUGAUUUCCCAGACUGCUGAUCAAUUGAUGUUUCUGUUUCCCUGUGUCUUUGCUUGCCCCAGUUCUACUGUACAUGAAAAAGCAAUACUUGCCAUUUGUCAAGUUGCUUAUGGCAUUCGUGAAGCAGGCUUGCAGAAUAAGGAAGAAUACCAAAUAUGCUCCAUUUCUGUAUGGGUGAUGGGUGAUAUUUGCCGUGCCAUUGAAGACAAAAUGCAGCCUUUCUGUGAUUGCAUUAUGACUGUUCUUUUCAAGGAUCUUGGAGACAUUGCUCUUGCUAUUGGUGAGAAUGUCGAGAAAUACCUGCAAUAUGCCAUGCCAGUGCUUCAAGGAGCUGCUGAGCUCGUUGUUUUGGAUCAAAGCAACGAAGAUACGAUUGUUCACCAUAACCAGCUGAGACAUGGAAUAUUUGAGGCUUACUCCGGUAUACUGCAUGACAAAUCUAAGACAAGAAUUUUGGGACGGAGGGAGUAUUUAUUUGUCAGGGAUGAGAGUGUGACAAAGGCUGCGGUUGCGGCCCUGAGUGAUCUCGCAGACAUACUUGGUCUGAUAUCCUGA